GAAGUGGGCGGCCCACGGCUAUAGUGCGCAAAAUUUACGGGUGGUGACUAAGAUUUGACGUUGUCAGCAGUAAAUGAGAGGUGUGUAAACUAAAUUGUGUGCAUUCAUUUUUUAAACCAGCCAUGGUGGUCGUGACAACUACGGCUACAGGAGCCCAGAAGGUGCUUCUUAUCUCCGGUAAACAGGCAGCAGGCACUAUGGCUUGUGCUAGUCCCAGGCCUCCAGUGCCUGUGGUGUUACCGGCUUCGCAGACGCCUUGUAGUAGCCCAGAAUCAAGUAGCGGUGCUCCUCAUCGUAAGCGGCAGCGCUUGACGCACUUGACACCCGAAGAGAAGGCUAUGCGCAGAAAGUUGAAAAACAGAGUAGCAGCACAGACUGCUCGUGACAGAAAGAAGGCCAGAAUGUCAGAACUGGAACAGCAAGUUGUUGAACUGGAAUUGGAGAACCAGAAACUUCAUAUUGAAAAUAGACUUCUACGUGAAAAGACAAAAGAUCUUGUAACAGAAAACAAAGAACUCCGUAACAGGUUAGGAUUGGAUACUUUAACUACAGAAGAGACAAAGAUUUUUUCACAAUCUGAAGUGGAUGAAUUUAGUUUGUCGACCGGGUCCGCUGAGUCCGCAGCACUCAGACUACGUGUGCCUCUGCAGCAGGUGCAGGCCCAGCAGUCGGACAUCCUGAAGAAGUCCACGUGGAUUCUGACAGCUUUGACUCUUCAGACUCUGAGUCUGAUAUAUUGCUGGGUAUUUUGGACAGUCUCAACACAGAAAUGUUCAUCAAAAGUUGGGCACCAGACUUCAAGCCAAGGUACCAGUCUACAGCUGAAGAUGAUUUCUCUGGAACAGAGGAAAGUUCCUUACCAGCCUCCCCCUCUAGCACUGUGGGGACCACAUCAGACAAGUUGGAAGCCAUUAAUGAACUAAUUCGUUUUGACCACGUCUACACAAAACCUCUGUCCACGGAGGAUGAUGUAGAGCAGUGGAACCAGACUGCAGAUGAAGUAAAAUCAGAGGAAGCAUCUUUCUGCUCAAGUGAGGACAAUCUACUUUCACCUGACAGCAU